UCUGCUUACAGGUCUUGCUUGGAAAGACUUUUAAUAUAAUGGCACAUUUAAACACACAGUGAGGAACAUAAGGAUGUUUUAGACCACCUGUUCAAAUGUAUUUGAAGGAUUCUGGGGGUUUGUCAUAUUUUUGGAGGUGGUCCUGGGUUGAAGGGACCAUCCUCAUGGUGUCCAAUAGACGCGUAGCAGGCCUCGAAACAAAAAAGCUGGAGGAGGUUGGGUGGAGUAUUUAAGACGGGGGGUGUCCCGCUCAUCACUUACUUUUUUCUCUUCGCUCUCUGCGUGCACCUGAACCUCCGGCCGGCCCUCGUCCUCCAGUCAGGUAAGGAUGAUGUUCAUUUUGAAGAUUUUUUUUUUCUUCCUAACUUAAGAAAACUCUUGUCAUGUCGCUAAUGAUGUCAUUUUAAGGGUUGGUUAUCUUGUAAAGGACUCAAAUAGUAUUAGGCACCAAAAAUUUGAACAUUAUUCAUGUUUUUGACAUGUUUGGACCUCCAUGUUUUUGAAGAAGCCAUUUUAAUGUCAAGAUAUCCAGCUUUUGGGUUUCAGGCCUCCUCAGAUGUACAAAAGCUAGCGAUGAAGAAAUAAAGCAUAGUUGACACCAGAGCGCUUUCAGGGUUUAAAGCUUUCUAUGAUGAUCCCCUCGGCAGAAUGUCCUUGCCCAAGUCCGAGAACGCGUCCACUCUGGAGAAUGCCAUGCAGCUCAUGAUCCAGACCUUCCACAAGUAUUCCGGCAACGAAGGCGACAAAUACACGCUGAGCAAGCUCGAGCUCAGGGAGAUGCUCACCACCGAAUUGCAAAACUACCUCGGGAAUGCCCAAGAUAAGGAGGCAGUGGAUAAAGUUAUGCGUGAACUGGACGCCAACGGGGACGGCGAGGUGGAUUUUACCGAGUUCAUCAUCCUAGUGGGUGCCCUCACUGUGGCGUGCAACGAAUUCUUCCUGGAGUUUAACGAAAAGCCCGAAAAGAAAGCAUCCUGUCAUCUGUUGACGUAAAAUGGCCGCUAGGUGGCACUGUGUGGCUUUGGAACGAGAUAACUGGCCGUUUGUGUGGGCAAACUUUUAAGUAGCACAAGUAAGUCAACUUUUAUUUCAUCAAAACUUGCCGAAAUAGAUUUCCCAGCUGUUUAACUUUCCAAAAUACCAAGAAUUGUUUCAAAUCCCGCCUGUAGAAACAUUACUGUUCUUAAAUAUGUGUGUGCACGUAAAAAUAUGAAAAAGGAAACAGGGGCAGCCUCAAUAUUAGAAAGCCCGGAAAUGGUUCUUUCUUUCUUUCUGUCCUGUGGCAGAGGAUUAAUGGGAAAUGUGGGAA